UGCUUCUGGUUUCCGGGCGAGCGCUGGACUCCUCGGCCCCACGCCGGGGCUCCUUUGAACGGUUAGCCUUAGCGAUCCGCCCAAAGCCCGUGCUCCAGGGAAGGUCCCCGCGGCGACGACCAUGACGUCCCUGGCGCAGCAGCUGCGGCGCCUCGCGCUGCCCCAGACCGACCCCAGCCUCCUGUCCCGACGGGAAGCCGCCUCUCUGCUCUUCGACCCCAAGGAAGCGGCCGCCAUCGACCGGGACACCGCCUUCGCCAUCGGCUGCACUGGCCUGGAGGAACUGCUGGGGAUUGAUCCCGCCUUUGAGCAGUUUGAAGCACCCCUGUUCAGCCAGCUGGCAAAAACCCUGGAGCGCAGCGUCCAGACCAAAGCCGUGAACAAGCAGCUGGAUGAAAACAUUUCCUUAUUCCUGAUCCACCUGUCCCCCUACUUCCUGCUGAAGCCAGCACAGAAGUGUCUGGAAUGGUUGAUUCACAGGUUCCAUAUCCACCUUUACAAUCAAGAUAGUCUCAUUGCCUGUGUUCUGCCAUACCACGAGACAAAAAUAUUUGUACGAGUGAUACAGCUUCUAAAAAUUAAUAAUCCAAAGCACAAAUGGUACUGGUUGUUUCCAGUUAAGCAAUCUGGAGUGCCCCUGGCUCGAGGAACCUUGGUCACCCACUGCUACAAAGACCUUGGCUUCAUGGAUUUGAUUUGUAGUCUAGUGACUAAGUCUGUGAAGGCUUUCUCCGAGCGCCCGGGAAGUGCCGCACAGCUGCGUGUGCUCCUGUCUUUCUAUGCCUCCACCAUUGUGGCUGCUCUGUUGGCUGCGGAGGACGUGUCAGACAACAUAGUCGCCAAACUGUUUCCCUAUGUCCAAAAGGGGUUGAAAUCAUCUCUACCAGAUUACAGAGCUGCCACAUACAUGAUAAUCUGUCAGAUUUCUGUGAAAGUGAUGAUGGAAGAUACCUUCGUUAAUUCCCUGGCGUCGCAGCUCAUCAGAACACUGACCAGUGUUCCCUCUUUGGUCAGAGAUGGAUUAGGUUGCUUGAUAAUUCUGCUGCAGAGACAGAAGCCAGAGAGCCUUGGGAAAAAGCCUUUCCCUCACUUGUGCAGUGUUCCCAACCUUAUCAUGAUGCUUCAGGACAUUUCUGGAACGUAUGACAUCAGUUCUCUCCUGCGCUACAUGCUUCCCCAUCUGGUCAUCUCGGUCAUCCACCAUGUCACAGGAGAAGCUGAAGAGAUAGAUGGUCAGAUCUACAAGAGACUCUUAGAAGACAUACUUAUAAAGCUACCACUGAAGAACAACUUAGACCAUUUGUUGGCUAAUCUUCUUUUUGAAGAGUAUAUUUCAUAUUGUUCACAGGAAGAAAUCGAUCCUCAUAAAGUAUCUUUGCUAAAUGAACAAUUUCUUCCACUUAUCAGACUCUUAGAAAGCAAAUACCCACAAACGUUAGAUGCUGUAUUAGAGGACCACCUAAAAGAAAUUACAGGUCUGAAGAAACAGGAGCUUUUUCACCAAUUCAUUUCUCUUUCUACAAGUGGAGGGAAGUAUCAGAUUUUGGCAGAUUCUGACACGUCACUGAUGCUCAGCCUCUGUCAUCCACUUGCUCCUGUGAGACUCCUAGCGGUUAAUCAUCUGAAAAAUACCCUGAAAACAUCAAAGGAGGGCAUUGAUGAAUCCUUCAUUAAAGACGCCAUCCUGGCCCGCCUUGGUGAUGAGAAUUUAGAUGUUGUAUUGUCAGCAGUGGGUGUUUUCCAGAUUUUUCAACAACACUUCAGUGCGGAAGAGACUGUGUCCCAUCUUCUGAGUAUCUUUCAAAGAGCAGAACUCUUGAAGAACAGCAGUUGGCACAAGAUACUUGAGAUAGCAGCAGACAUAUUGAUUAAAAAAGAGAUACUGAGUGAAAACCAGGAGCUCGCAAAUCAGGUGGUUGUACAUUUGCUGCCGUUCAUGGUCAUUACGAAUGAGGAUUUGGCAUCUGCUGAGAUGAAAAUUGCUAUACAUUUGUCCAAAUCAGGAAUUUGCUCUCUGCACCCUCUGUUAAAAGGGUGGAAAGAAGCUCUUGAAAAUAUGAUUAAAAUCACAAAGCCAGGAAAACGAAUUGGCGUAGCAAACCAGAAGCUGAUUUGGUUGUUGGCUUGCAAUAUAAACUCUGGAGAUCGUUCCUUGAUGUUGAAGAUGGAAAUCCCCCCAGAGUGGCACAUGGAGCUGAUGUUAGACAGAGUCUUGCCGGAGGAGCUGUGGGCCCACUAUGUGGAGCAGCUGGGCAGUGCCCGGAGCAUUGCUGUGGAAGACUCGGUUUUGCUUGUCUUUUCCCUGAAAGUUUUCAUUUUUGCUGUGAAGGAGCCUAAAUCUUUUCCUAAAGGUGCCACGUGGUGGAACCCUGAGCGGCUAGACGAGGACGGGAAGCACUACCUGCACCUGCUGGUGGGGCUCUUUGAGCUCAUCCUGCAGGGGACCGAGGCCCUUCAUUUCAGAGUGCUGAUGAAGCUUUUCAUACAGGUACUCGUGGUGGUGUCUCUACUUGUAAACCUGAGCAGCCCCAUCAAAGAGGUGCGGCGGGCUGCCCUUCAGUGUCUCCAGACCCUCAGUGGACUGACGGCACCGUUUCAGCUGCUCAUAGACCACUUGGUUCCCAAAGCAGAGGAGAUCACCUCAGAUCCCACCUAUGUGGUUCAGGAUCUGGCUACUCUGUUUGAUGAACUACAGAGAGUAAAGAAACAGAAAUCUCAUCAAAAGUUGUCUGAAACUUUGAAAACCCUGCUUUAUACUGUAUAUGAAUGCCCAUCGUACGUUGCAAAAGAUUUGCUGAAAGUAAUUCAGGACGUCAACAGUGAGAUGGUGCUUUCCCAGCUGCUGCCCUUGGUGGAACGGUUACUAGAGAAGAUAGAGAAGGACCCCACAGCCGUUCUGAAAGACGAGGUCACUGUCCUGCAUCUUGCACUGGGGAAAUACAAUGAACACUCAGUUUCACUUUUACAUAAGGACCCCAAGAGCUUAAAUAUGUUUAUAAAAGCUGUGCACACAACAAAGGAACUCCACCCGGGAAUGGCAACCGUUCAGAUCACAGCCCUCGAAAAGAUUACAAAGCCAUUCUUCGCAGCUGUGUCAGAUGGAAAGGUCCAGCAGAAACUCUUGUGCAUGUUGUUUGACCUCCUGGUGAACUGCAAAAACACCUGCUGUGCUCAGACUGUGAGCAGUGUCUUUAAAGGGAUUUCCGUUAACUCUGAACAAAUCAGAGUAGAGCUGGAGCCAUCAGAUAAAGCCAAAUCCUUGGGCACCAUCCAGCAAACAAGACGGCAGAAAAUGCAGCAGAAGCUCAUUUUGCCAUCUUCCCCUUUCUCUGUGUUACAGGAUGCUGUUUUAGAGGCAGAUACUGAAUUUUGGAUUUCAGUGUGUUGUGAAUUUGGUGUCCAGCAUCAGCUGCAAAGCUUGAUGAACAUCCUUCAGUACUUGGUGAAGUUACCAGAGGAAAAAGAAGAGACUGCCCACAAGACAGGCUCUGUUAAAACUGAAGUCAAAGAAGACGUGCUGCAAAUCUUCAAUGUGGACACGCACACCAGCAAGCAACUGCGGCAUUUCAAGUUUCUGUCAGUGUCCUUCAUGGCCCAGCUUCUGGCUUCCAAUAAUUUCCUUAAAAAGGUGGUUGAAAGCGGGGGUCCUCAGAUCUUAAAAGGCCUUGAACAGAGGCUGCUAGAAACGGUGCUCAGCUACAUCAACACUGUAGCACAGUCUGUGGAAAAGAAUGCCGACCAGCUCACCGCCAAGUUCUGGCGUGCGCUUCUCAGCAAAGCGUACGACAUGCUGGACAAGGCCAAUGCCUUGCUGCCCACAGAAACUUUCAUCACUGUGCUUAAGGGACUUGUGGGCAAUCCUCUUCCCUCUGUUCGCCGGAAGGCUCUGGAUCUUCUAAAUAACAAACUACAGCAUCCUGCGUCCUGGCAGAGGAAAACGGUUCAGCGCUUCCUCAAACUGGUUCCAGUCCUUCUGGCCAUUGUGCAGCACAAGAAGAAGGAAGCGGAAGAAGAACAAGCAAUCAACAGGCAGACAGCGCUGUAUACCCUAAAGCUUUUAUGCAAGAAUUUUGGUGCUGAAAACCAGGAGCCUUUUGUGCCGGUGCUGAGCACUGUGGUGGCGCUGAUCGCUCCAGAGCGGGAGGAGGAUAAGAACGUGCUAGGAAGUGCCCUGCUGUGCAUCGCGGAGGUCACGUCCACCCUGGAGGCACUGGCCAUCCCGCAACUUCCCAGCCUGAUGCCAUCUCUGCUGGCAGCUGUGAAGAGUACCAGCAAGCCGGUCCACAGUGAGGUCUGUCUGCUCAGCGCGCUGGCUGCCCUGCACAAAGUGGUGGAGACCCUCCCGCACUUCAUCAGCCCCUACCUGGAAGAUGUUCUAUGCCAGGUGAUCCAUCUGGAGAAAGUCACACGUGAAAUGGGCUCUGCCUCCCAUGCUAACGUCCGUCUCACAUCUCUUAAAAAGACCCUGGCCACCAGGCUCGCACCCCGCGUCCUCCUGCCAGCUAUUAACAAAACGUACAAGGAGAUAAAGAGGACCUGGAAGAAUCACAUGGGCCCGUUCAUGAGCAUUCUGCAAGAGCACAUCGGGGUGAUGAAGAAGGAAGAGCUCUUGUCCCACCAGUCUCAGCUGACCAACUUCUUCCUGGAGGCCCUGGACUUCCGGGCGCAGCACUCGGAGAAUGACCUGGAAGAAGUUGGGGAGGCAGAGGGCCAUGUCAUCGCCUGCCUCGUGGCCAUGGUAGUGAAGCUCUCUGAGGCCACGUUCAGACCCCUCUUCUUCAAGCUGUUCGACUGGGCCAAAACAGAAGAUGCCCCGAGGGACAGGCUGCUGACAUUCUUCAACGUGGCUGACUGCAUCGCCGAGAAACUGAAAGGCCUGUUCACUCUGUUUGCAGGGCACUUGGUGAAGCCUUUUGCAGACACCUUGAACCAGGUGAACAUCUCCAAAACAGAUGAAGCGUUUUUUGACUCAGAACAUGACCCUGAGAAGUGCUGCCUGCUGCUGCAGUUCAUCCUGAACUGUUUACAUAAGAUCUUCCUCUAUGACACGCAGCACUUCCUGAGCAAGGAGCGAGCCGAGGCCUUGAUGACACCUCUGGUAGACCAGCUGGAAAACAGGCUCGGCGGAGAGGAGCGGUUCCAGGAGCGGGUAACAAAGCACCUGAUUCCCUGCAUUGCACAGUUCUCCGUGGCCACGGCUGAUGACUCUCUGUGGAAACCCCUCAACUACCAGAUUCUGCUGAAGACACGAGACUCCUCACCCAAGGUGAGGUUUGCAGCCUUGCUUACCGUGGUGGCACUAGCUGAAAAGCUAAAGGAGAAUUACAUUGUCCUGCUACCAGAAUCCAUUCCUUUCCUAGCAGAAUUGAUGGAAGAUGAGUGUGAAGAAGUGGAACACCAGUGCCAGAAGAGCAUCCAGCAGCUGGAGACCACACUGGGGGAGCCGCUGCAGAGCUACUUCUGACCCCACGCAUGCACUCAGCUGGUCGAUCCUGGUGCUGGUGCCAUGUUGCUUUUGGCACCGCUCACUGCAGAUACCUCAUGACUUCUACAGCUGACCUGCCCAGGCUGGGCUGCCUUUUGUACAGUUGGUAAAUAGGACGUGCUAUCUUUUUA